AUGCCAACCUCCUCUUCGCUCUUCCUCCUCCUCCUCCUCUUCCUCUUCCUCCUCACCCGCGACUCCCUCGCUGGCCCCGUCGCCACCGAGUUCCUCUACCCCAACUUCACCGCCUCCUACCUCAACUUCGUCGACAACAGCGGCGUGUUCCUCGCCUCGCCCAACGCCAACUUCGUCGCCGCCAUCGCCAACCCCGGCGGCCAGCAGUCGCGCUUCUACCUUUCGCUUACCCACUCGGCCACCAGAAAAGUCGUGUGGUCGGCCAACCGCGACGCGCCCGCUCCCAGAGACGGCACCGUUACGCUCUCUACACGCGGCCUUGUCGUCUCGCACCCCAACGGUUCCGUCCUGUGGUCCACUCCCCUCCUCCCCUCCCCCGUGCGCGCCCUCCGCCUCCUCGACUCCGGCAAUUUCCUCCUCCUCGAUGCCGCCAACGCCACCCUCUGGCAGUCCUUCGAUCACCCCACCGACACCCUCCUCUCCAGCCAAGUCCUCCCCGCCGGCUCCUCCCUCAUCGCCUCGGUCUCUGAUAAUGACUUUGCUAGCGGCGAUUACUCCCUCGUCCUGACCACCGGCGAUGCCAUCAUGACCUGGAAGGGCGGCGCCCAGCAGUACUGGAGCCUGUCGAAGGACGUGCGCUCGUUCAAGAAUUCCAAUUCAGGAGUCGCCUACAUGGCCACCAACGUCACCGGCCUCAACCUAUACUCCACCGAGGGGAAGGUCGUGUUGCAGGCGUUCCUGCCGACGUCGGAUUUCCGAAUUGUGAAGUUGGACCCCACGGGGCGGUUCCACGUUUUCAGCUACUCGGCCGCCAACGCCUCGUCGAUCCUCGACGACGAAUUCACCGCGCCGACCAGCAACUGCGAUCUCCCGUUCCCCUGCCUGUCGCUCGGCGUUUGCACCGCAGGAGCCAACGGCUCCACCUGCAACUGCCCGGCUCGCUUCGUGCAGUUGGAAUCUGGCAAUUGCUCACCGGCCAACGGAUCUCUACCUCCCUCAUCCUCUUCCUCGUCUUCAGCCUCCUGCGGCGGCGAUUCGGAUUUGGCCACCUCUUAUAUACAGCUCGGGAGCGGAAUUGACUACUUCGCCAACAAAUUCGCGAGUCCAGCGACCUCCGGCAACGAUAUCUCAGCGUGCCAAAACCUCUGCACAGGGAACUGCACAUGUCUCGGAUUCUUCUAUAGGAAUUCUUCCAAGUCCUGUUAUCUCAUGCGUAACACACUUGGUUCUCUCUUCAAAAGAAAUGCCGGCGAGACUUCGAGCUCCAUCGGCUACAUCAAGACGCUGGUUUCAGGAUCGUCGCCACCGACUUCGGGCGGCACGUCGAAGACCCACUUGAUCGCGAUCUUGUUGCCCACUGUAGCGGCAUUCUUGCUUAUUUUCGUCGUGGUCUCGGCGGGGAUCAUAUGGUGGAAGAGGAGCAACGACCCGAGACGCCUAAGGAUGAGAAGGCCAUCAAAAAGGCUGGCAACGAAGGAAAUAAACUUAGGACGCCACAAGUCGUCCAAGACGCAGUCGUUGGACACCGAUGAUGACGAAUCGACCGAUGAGAACGAUGGCGGAAGCGACACUUUGAUACCGGGCCUCCCGACCAGGUUCACCUUCAAGGAGCUGGAGGGGGCGACAAACUACUUCAGGAACAAGAUAGGCUCCGGGGGGUUUGGGGCGGUGUACAAGGGGGAGCUCCCGGACAGGACGACGGUGGCGGUGAAGAGGAUCGAGAGCGCGGGGCUGCAGGGGCGGAAGGAGUUCUGCACGGAGAUCGCCAUCAUCGGGAACAUUCGGCACGUCAACCUGGUGCGCCUUCGCGGGUUCUGCGCGCAGGGGAACCGGCGCCUACUGGUGUACGAGUACAUGAACCGGGGCUCCCUGGACCGCUCCCUGUUCGGUGUCGGCCCAGCGCUGGAGUGGCAAGAGCGGGUGGACAUCGCGAGGGGCGCGGCCCGGGGCCUGGCAUACCUGCACGCCGGCUGCGACCACAAGAUCAUCCACUGCGAUGUGAAGCCGGAGAACAUCCUUCUGCACGACGGGGGGCAGGUGAAGAUCUCCGACUUCGGUUUGGCGAAGCUGCUGUCACCGGAACAGUCGGGGCUGUUCACAACGAUGCGGGGGACGCGGGGCUACCUGGCGCCGGAGUGGCUGACCAACGCUGCCAUCUCGGACCGGACGGACGUGUACAGCUUCGGGAUGGUUUUGCUGGAGAUCGUGCAUGGGAGAAAGAACCGGUCGGGGGGGAGCGAGGAGUGUGAGGAAGAGGAGGAGGGGAGUGGGUCAGGAUGGUCGUCGGCGGCGGCGGCAGGGGGCGGUUACUUUCCCCUGGUGGCACUGGAGGGGCACGAGGAGGGGCGGUACCUGCAACUGGCGGACCAGAGGCUAGAGUGGCGGGUGAGGGAGGAGGAGGUGGCGCGGGUGGUGAAGUUGGCACUGUGUUGCCUGCACGAGGAGCCCUGGCUGCGGCCGAGCAUGGCGGUGGUGGUGGGGAUGUUGGAAGGCAACAUGGAGGUGUGGGAGCCGAAGGUGGAGUCGCUAAACUUCCUGAGACUCUACGGCCGAGGGUUCAUGGAGCCACCGGCAACGGUGGUAGGCGGUGGAGGAGGAUCAGAAAGAGUAGAAGGGGUGGUGGCUUUGGCUGGAGGUGACGAUACUGCAUCGCGUACGAGCGCCGUCACGGGGUUUGCUGUGGAUGGAAGCGGGUCCUCCAAUAGUUGCUGCUGAUGUUUUUUUCUUAAUUUCUUUUAUUAUUGAUUUGCUUCUAUAAAUUAUGCAGAUAGAUAAAUAUAUAUUGAUUUCAUAGUUGGGAAAAAGAUUAGGGGCAUUAGUUUGGGUUAGAAGAUGUCUUGAGACUGAAAUAUUGAAUAUGAAAUGCAUAGAAAGAAGUAAUGCUUCAUAAUCUUAA